UUUCUUUAAUUGUGUUUUCUUUGUUCGUCCACCAGAAAUUAUAUUUUAUGUUAUAUUCUGCAACUUUUUAGUUUAUGUUAAUACAUGCCAUAAUACAUGAAAUCUCAUCCUAUAACAAAUUAUGUUCAUUAGAUUGUCAUACUAAUAAAAGGGCUAUUUUUUUUUCUUACAUCUUCUUCUAGUUAGAUUCUAGCUUUGUUGGCCUUUGUUUUUCCAUAAACAUGGACUUUGCAACUUGCUUUUAAAGAUUCUUUUUGUACUCAAGUAAUUAUAUGCUAAUAUUCCUAUAUUUCACCCAUGUUACUUAACUAAAUAAACUUUUAAAUUUAAGGUAUGACCGGUCUACCGCGUUAUAGUUAAUAGGAUAUAGAUAACAUAACUUAAUUUUAAAGAACGAUUCAAUUAUUCGUCUUACAGAUGAUCAGUCUCCAUCUAGGGAGAAGGAGAAAGAUCCACUAUAUUAGAAUCAGAAGAUUCAUGAAAGAAUUAGUUUUAUUUGUUAGCUUUGUUAGGGUUUCUUCAACCUGUAUAUUGUAACACGCCUUAUAUGAUUCAAUUCCUUUUGUUUUAUCCCUGAUUCUCCCUAAUCCCUUACCUACAAUUAUAUAAAAACAUUGAUUAUAUGUACUUUUUGGUUUUAUGUCUAACCCUCCUUUUGGAAGUCCCCUCUAUAAUGAGGAAGAUGACUUCUCUUUCCCUUUUCAACUACCAAAUAAUGAUGAUCCCAUCAAUUUCCCACCUCCUAUUGAAGAUCAUAAUUCUUUGCCCUCUACAUCUUCACUACCCAUGUCAGAGUAUCAAGAUUUAAGCAUGUUUAUUGAUGGUCAUCAUGAAGAAGAUCAUACACUAAUAGGGCAAUAUAAUCCCAACAUACAAGAGACAAUAAAUUGGGCAUGUCCAAUUGAACAGGUCGGUCUUAAUCAGGUGCACCAGGGUGCAAUAGAAGGCUCAUCUAUAGGAUAUCAUGAGAUGCAAAUGCAAUACUACUGUCCUACCACCACCACAACCACCAUCGCUGUCGCUGCCUCCGCCGCCACCAUGAUGAUUAAUGAUCAAGCUGCUCCACCACCUGGUGUUUGUCGUGGUGGCGGCGGUGGCGGCGGUGGCGAAGGAUCGUCUAGCAAGAAACUUGAUCACAAUGCUAAGGAGAAAGUAAGGAGGAUGAAGCUUAAUGAAACAUAUUUGGCUUUUCGCUCCUUGCUACCAGAUUCUAAAAGAGCUAAGAAAAGAUGGAGUGCACCAUAUAUAAUUGACAGAGCCUUGGAUUACAUCCCUCAGCUUCAAGCUGAGAUAGAGAAGCUAACACUCGAGAAGAAGAACAUGCUAACAACGCUAGAGAAAAAGCAGCAACUCGUUGAACGUAGCAAGGAUGAUCAUAAUGCAACUGAAGAUAAGAAGACGCUAACAGUAUCAAUGAAUGAAGUAAAAAUUGGUGAAGUGAUAGUCCAGAUUUGUGAACAGAAUAACAAAAUUGGUAUCUUACCUACGUUGAUCGAAAAACUCGAAGAAGAAAGCAUGCAAAUCGUAGGUGCCUCUUCACAACGUGCAUGUGAAGAUAGAUCCUGCUUCCAUAUUCAUGUUCAAAUGGGUGAAAACCCAGUGGAAGCUGAUUAUGUUGCAAUUUUACAUAAGAAGAUAAUCUCUUGGCUGUCUUAGUAUAGAGAAAACUGUUCAUAGAAAAGACUAAUAUGAGAUUCUUUGUAUAUGAAAUUGAAAUCUCCUCUUUACUUUUCUGUAAAGAAGUAGAAAUACAGCAGAACAAAUGAGAAAUGCAUGCAAAAAGAAUUACAUCCUCAUCAUAUUUGUAAUGUGGUCAUUGAC